AGCCGGGUGAGUUUGCAUCCUUUGGCCGGAUGAUGGCCGCUCAGCCUCUGCUGCAGUCCGGGGAGGACUCAGCAUCCUGCUAACGGGGCCGUCCCGUCCAGCUGAGGCUAAUGACCGGCGGUUUCCUGACGACGAUUUGCAGAGGGAGGAACCAUGGCCGGUAAGGUGAAGUGGGUGACAGAUAUAGAAAAAUCAGUUCUCAUCAACAACUUUGAGAAAAGGGAAUGGGUUCAAGUGACAGAAAGCGAAGACUGGAAUUUCUACUGGAUGAGCAUCCAGACCAUCAGGAAUGUUUUCAGCGUAGACACCGGCUACCGACUGUCCGAUGACCAGAUGGUUAACCACUUUCCUAACCACUAUGAGUUGACUAGAAAAGACCUGAUGAUCAAGAACAUCAAACGCUACCGCAAGGACCUGGAGAAGGAAAGCAGUCCUCUGGCAGAGAAGGAUGAGAAUGGAAAAUACAUAUAUCUGGAUUUUGUCCCCGUGACAUUUAUGCUUCCCGCGGACUACAACCUAUUUGUGGAGGAGUUUCGCAAGAACCCGUCCAGCACCUGGAUCAUGAAGCCCUGUGGAAAGGCGCAAGGGAAAGGCAUCUUCCUCAUUAAUAAACUGUCGCAGAUUAAAAAGUGGUCGCGGGACAGUCGUACUUCAACGUUUGUUGCAGCAUCCAGUGGGAAAGAGGCGUAUGUUAUUUCUCUUUAUAUCGACAACCCUCUGCUUAUUGGAGGAAAGAAGUUUGACCUCCGUCUCUACGUCCUCGUGACCACAUACCGACCCCUGAAAUGCUAUAUGUACAAGCUGGGCUUCUGCAGGUUCUGCACAGUCAAGUACACGCCCAGCACCAGUGAACUGGACAACAUGUUUGUUCAUCUCACUAAUGUGGCCAUCCAGAAGCAUGGGGAUGACUACAACCACGUUCAUGGAGGGAAGUGGACGGUCAGUAACCUGCGUUUGUACCUGGAGAGCACCAGAGGAAAGGAGGUGACCAAUCGACUCUUUGAUCAAAUCCACUGGAUCGUCGUGCAGUCUCUCAAAGCUGUUGCUCCGGUGAUGAACAACGACAAACACUGCUUUGAGUGCUACGGAUAUGACAUCAUUAUAGAUGACAAACUGAAGCCGUGGCUUAUUGAGGUCAACGCCUCUCCCUCGCUGACCUCCAGCACGGCGAACGACCGCAUCCUCAAGUACAACCUCAUCAACGACACCCUCAACAUCGUCACCCCCAACGGAGACAUCCCAGACUGCCGCUGGAAUCGCAGCCCUCCCAGAGAAGCCAUGGGAAACUAUCAAGUCUUAUAUGACGAGGAGCAGGCUCAGAGCGAGAACGCGGAGCGCGACCUGCGAAGCCGCUCGGGCCAGUCGCUGGGGUCAAAGGGCAGCAAGGGGAGUGCGGGCGUUCGCCCCGCCGCUGCCACAUGGAAAUGAGGUUCUUAUGACUUCCUGUACGGAACUGAAGACGACAAAUAAAAUGAGGACCAAUCGGGAUUUGUUUAUAUUUGGCCCAUUAAAGGAUUUAACAAAAGAGGGGAAGAACAAUCCACUUUUUUUUAAUGAAAACAUUAAAAAUCAUGUAGAGGGCACGAAGAGACGAGUGAAGCAAGAACCAAAGUGCAAAGAAGAGGAUUCUCAUUCAUUAGACUCACUUAUUAAGGACUAAAUCGAUCAUCUUCUUGGUACCUGAAUGUAAAAAGAUGGCAACAAAUUAAUACUAUUAGAAAGAUUAAAUGUGCACAAGUAUUGUUUGUGUUUCCCAGUAUGUGUAUGCAAAAGUCUAUUAACAUUUGUUCUUUUUUUUGUCCCAAAAAGUCAAAAUUCUUGCAUUAACAAUCAUUUUUUGUGACUGUUAUGUCCCCUAUGGUCAAACCUGGUUUGGGUCUAAAUACAAGAAUAAUAAUAAUAAUAACAAAAAUUUGACGCUAAUGAGAAUAAAAGUUUAUUAAUUAAAAGUAAUCAUGUGUCCUGAAAUGGAAGAACAAAAUGUGUGCUGGUUCAAACAAAAAGGAAUUGGAACCUUAAAAUAACAUAAAAUAAGUCAGCAGCCAUGUUGAAAACAAAUAAACAAAGCCUGCAAAUCAAGACUACCAACCUCAAACUAAAAUAACAAAACCCAGCAGUAUAAGACUAUUGAGGACAAAGACCCAAUCAGCUCCCCAGCCUGCUGCUCUGUCUUAACUACCUGACAGGUGCUAAUUAAGAUUAUUUGCCCCACCUGCCAGGUGAGCAGAAGGGCGGGGCAUGUUGAAAAGAUGCAACAACAGGAUGUAACAGUGACACUAAAGUAGGGCUGCUUUAAACCAAAAAUAUGUGUUUUUUUUUUUAGAUAUAUUUACCACUUGGUAUUUUUUUAAUAAAAAAUGUUAAAAAUCUGGAAAAAUUAAUUCAAAUUUACCCCAAAAAUUGCAGCCCAAAGUGAGUUAAGUUGCAUCAUUCAGUCCUACGUUGAUAAAGCAAACAUUUUGAUUGUAAUAAAGCUUUAAAGUUUCAUUAUUCCCUGAUUUUAAAUAAUAAGCACAAGAAAAUUCCAAGGAUUAUGUAAUAACAUGUUGUUUUAUUACUUUCUUGACUGCAGCUUUUGAGAAAAAUGGGAUUAAAUUAUGUGUUUGUUCUAUUUGUUACUAUAGAAGCAAAGUUUGCUUUUUGACACUAAAAGCUUAGCUGCUUCUUAGCCCCCCGCUGCGCCUUUGUUGCGUCCCGUUUGCUCAUAAAGCCGAGCUUAUGAAGCUGUUCAAGGCCAGAAAUCCCCCGAAUCACGAGGAUAGAAAAGAGCACCUGUGCCGCCACAUUUUGUCCCGUCAGUCAGAGGAACUAAGUAAAGCUGUGACUAACUCCCCACUUCUGAUUUUUUUAUGUGGUCACAAGUGAGUUUUUGCUCCAAAAUUUCACAAUAAACUUUGUAAUUGUGAAAAACUAUUUAAGUGCAACAUUUUUGGGGGAGAAUUAAACGUUAUGUUUAUAUUUCAUGUUAAGCCUUUAACACCUGAGGCGUUGCCGGUGACGCUUAAACACAAAAAUCUUUAACAUACUGUAACUUUUCUACUGUUAACAUGAUGUUAACAAUUUAAAAAAUUACAGUUAAUCAAAGAACUGGUGUUAAAGGGUUAAAUUAGACUCCUGGAGAAAUAAAAAUAUUGUUAAAAAAAGUGUAUGUUGCUAAAAAAAAAUCUUAAUGUUAACUUUUGUUCUCAGGAAUUGUUUUAUCACUUUAGCAUGUAAUUACAGCCUGUACUUUUAUGCCUGGGGAUGCGUGCAUGAGGGAACUGUUUUUGGAACUAAUGAUGUGCCUCAAAUGUUAUGAUUUUUCAACCUUUUUAUGAAGUGUGACAUCAAUGACCUCUGUUUCCCGUG